AUGGCACACAAGCCUGACAUGGGGGAAAUCGCCAGCUUCGAUAAGGCCAAGCUGAAGAAGACCGAGACACAGAAGAAUACCCUGCCGACCAAAGAGACCAUCGAGCAGGAGAAGCGAAGUGAGAUGUCCUGGGAUCCUGCAGUGGUCUCCGCCCUCGUCAUGUGCGACACCCUAGUCGUGAUGUGGAGGAAGAGCCACCUGCAGGAUGGGCACGAGCGACGAGCUGCACUGUGA